AUGUCGUAUCCCGUCCAGAAGAGCGAUGCCGAGUGGCAAGCCGUGCUAAAUAAGGAUCAAUUCCGCGUCCUUCGCAACCAAGGCACCGAGGCGCCCUUUACGGGUGAAUACGACAAACACAUGCCCUCGAGCGGUGUGUACAACUGCGCGGGGUGCAACGCGCCGCUGUACAAGGCGAAUCACAAGUUCAAGUCUGGAUGCGGAUGGCCUGCGUUUUUCGACGCGGUGCCCGGCGCGGUGACGCGGCAUGUGGAUAGUUCGUUCGGCAUGGAGCGCACGGAGAUAGUGUGCUCGAAUUGCGGUGGCCAUUUGGGACAUGUCUUCAAGGGAGAAGGCUAUCCGACGCCGACGGAUGAGAGACACUGUGUGAAUAGUGUCAGUUUGAAGUUUAACAAGGAUGACCCCGUCGCGGAGAGCAAGGCUUGA